UGUGGGGAUUUGAACCCUAGUCUCAUUUUGUUCUCACAACAACCCUGUGAGAUAGUAGGUUACACUGGCCCAGGCAGGGUUAUUCAGUGAGCAAAUAGGAUUUCUUUUAAUUGUGCUAUCAACCUGCUUACUUCCACUCUGACUGGGGGAACUUGCAGCAUGGGGAAGAGAUGGGGGCACAUCACAGCUGAAGUUCACCCAUAUAGGAGCAUUAUCUCUUGUUUAUUACAGAGAUGCCUGUUGCAGGUUUUGCUGCUGAGAGCAGCAGUCAGUUAGUGCGGCCACUUGAGUCACAGCUUGUUGAUCCUGAGGAGGCAAAACUAGAAAGUGAGGUUCAGAAAGGAGGCCCUGUCCACGAGGAGGAGGAGGGCAUGAAGCAGUGCCAGUUGCCCACAGCCACAUCUGCAGAACAGCAAGUACCAUGGUUUGGCUUUGAGAAAGCUUGUACAUUUGUGAGCCAGAGUGGGAAAAAUGUUGUUGUACGAUGCAAUUACUGCCUUCCAAGGAUCAAAAAUCUGAGAUCAGCUGUUUCCUCCUCAUCCAAUGUGAAGAAACAUUUUGAGAGGGCACACCCUGAGAAGCUGAGAGCAAUUGAAGAAGCAAUAAAGGCAAGGAGACGUGGCCUUCCUGAACCAAUGCAUGACACCCCUCCUCCCAAAAUGCUGAAGCAGCAGCAGACAACCCUUGAGAGGAGGGGAUCUGGCAGGGAUCUGCUUCUUCUGGCAGCCUGCGUACACCCUCGCUUCAAACUAGAUCGACUGGAAUCGUGUCAGGCCACCAUUCAUACCAACAAAUACACAAUGGAAGCCUUGUUGAAAGCUGAAAUAAAGAUGGGUGUACUUAAUGAGGACAGUGAUCAGUCUUCAGAUAAAGACCAGGAAGGAGAUGACUUAGAAGAUGACUUCUUUAACUUUCUGCCCCAGGGCAAGAAGUCAGCAGUGGACACUGCUGAGGAGGAACUGGUGAGGUACCUGAGGUCUCCCAGCAGGGAAGUGUCAUCACUCCAUGGCUUUCCACAUGUGCUGCGGUGUUUUUUGCAGCACAACACAGGCAUGCCUUCAAGCGCCGCAGUAGAACGCCUGUUCAGUACUGGUGGCAACGUAAUGACUGUAAAAAGACAUUCCUUGUCUGACAUGCUCUUUGAGCAUCUUGUUCUUUUGAGACAUAACAGAAACAUAUUAUAAAAGCAUUUCAAGUGUAAAAUUUGAUUUCAAGAGUUGGGGUAACUUCAUUGCUUGGGGGGAUGUGAGAUUCUGU